AUGUCAGAGCAACAAGGAAGUGAUAAUCAUCAUCACCAUCAUCAUCACCAUCAUCACAGUCAUCAUGGUGAUCAUAAUGGCCAGCACGAAAGCCACAGUAAUAAGGUUCAUCAACCCCAGCCAAUAGACCCAAAGGCUAACCCAGCAAACAGAAUAGGAAAAUAUCAAGUGCUUAAGACGUUAGGGGAAGGAUCUUUCGGUAAGGUCAAAUUAGCCCAGCAUAUAAAUACAGGUCAGAAGGUUGCAUUGAAGAUCAUUAAUCGUAAAACAUUAGCUAAGUCCGAUAUGCAAGGUAGAGUUGAAAGAGAAAUAUCAUAUUUAAGAUUGUUAAGACAUCCACAUAUCAUCAAGUUAUAUGAUGUGAUUAAGUCCAAGGACGAGAUUAUUAUGGUUAUUGAAUAUGCUGGUAAGGAAUUGUUCGAUUAUAUUGUGCAAAGGGGUAAGAUGCCAGAAGAUGAGGCAAGAAGGUUCUUUCAACAGAUUAUUGCUGCGGUAGAAUACUGUCACAGACACAAGAUUGUUCAUAGAGAUUUGAAACCAGAAAAUUUGUUAUUAGAUGAACAAUUAAACGUUAAGAUUGCCGAUUUCGGGUUAUCUAAUAUUAUGACAGAUGGUAACUUCUUGAAAACAAGUUGUGGGUCUCCUAAUUACGCUGCUCCUGAAGUUAUUAGUGGUAAAUUAUACGCCGGUCCAGAAGUUGACGUUUGGUCAUCUGGAGUUAUUUUGUACGUCAUGUUAUGUGGAAGGUUACCGUUCGAUGACGAAUUCAUUCCUGCGUUAUUUAAAAAAAUUAGUAACGGUGUUUAUACAUUACCUAAUUACUUAUCUCAAGGGGCCAAGGACAUAUUGACCAGGAUGUUAGUUGUUAAUCCUUUAAACAGAAUCACCAUACACGAAAUAAUCGAAGAUGAAUGGUUUAAACAAAAUAUCGAAGACUACUUAUUACCUCCUGAUUUAUCAAAGACUAAACACAAGAAAAUCGAAGUCGACGAAGAUGUUAUUACUGCUUUACAAUCGACCAUGGGUUAUGGCAGAGACGAAAUUCUUAAUGUUAUUAGUAAAUGUAACCAACAUAAUUCACCACAACAACAAUCAAACGAAAUAAUUGAUGCUUAUUUGUUGAUGAGAGAGAACCGUACAUUAGUGAAGGAUUUGAAGAACUCCAAGCUGAAUAAUAUGGACACAUUCUUAUCCCAAUCGCCACCUCCUUCUUGGACCAACACUGCCAACAAUAACAGCAAUAUGAAUAUAAAUGUGAACCACUCAACCAAGGCGCCUGGCGUGCAACAAUCAUUAACAUACCAAACUUUAGCUGCAGUUCCAGAUUUAUCUACGUUACCUAACUCUACUAUUGCCAUUUUACCCUCGUCAUUGCCUUCGAUCCAUAGAGCGUACAUGAUGGAGUCCAACAUGGACAACCAGCUGAAGAUAACUCCCGUAUCACACAAAAAGCUGAAGACAAGGUGGCAUUUCGGUAUAAGAUCAAGAUCGUAUCCAUUGGAUGUCAUGGGUGAAAUCUACAGAGCGUUAAAGAACUUGGGUGCGGAAUGGUCUAAACCAACCGAAGAAGAGUUAUGGACCAUCAGAGUCAGAUGGAAGUACGGUCCAUGCAUUUUGCCUGGCGAUCAAAACCAAGAAGAACAGUUGAAGAAUAUUCCAGACAUGAUGAAAAUGCAAAUUCAGUUAUUCCAAUUGGAACCAAACAACUACUUGGUAGACUUCAAGUUCGAUGGAUGGGAAAACUCUUCCAGUAAAGACGAACCUAUAAAACAAGAUGUGGAUGAAAUGUCUUCGUUUUCAGCCUAUCCAUUCUUGCAUUUAGCUACUAGAUUAAUCAUGGAAUUAGCUGUCAAUAGUCAAACUAAUUAA